AUGUCAACUGCAUAUCAAUCAAUUAAGAAUGAAGUAUCAUCUGCUUCCUUUGCAUUCUAUACAGCAGAUGAAAUUAGAAAGUUGUCACAGAAGCAGAUCACCGAACCCGAGACAUUCGAUUUGCUUGGUAAUCCACAACCAGGUGGUUGUUACGAUAAAGCUCUAGGUACUUCUGAAGCUUUCGAAAGAUGUCAAACAUGUAAUUUACAUCAUGUUGAUUGUCCUGGUCAUUAUGGACAUAUCGAAUUGGCAGUACCAACCUAUAAUCCAGUCAUGUUCAAAGUACUAUUUAAAUUGUUACAAAAUACUUGUUUGAAUUGUCAUCGUUUCAAACAUGGAAAAGCAACUAUUGAUUCUUUGAUUCAAGAAUUGGAAUUGUUAUAUAGUGGAGAGAUUGUUAAAGCUAAACAAGUUAGAGAGAAUCAUUUGUUAAAGAGAUCGGCUAGCAGCAAAAAAGUUAGAAACGAAGAUGCCAUGGAAUUGGAUGAUCUCGACGAUGUCAAGAGUAAGAGCGCCGAUAAAAACUCAAAGAAAAACAAUGGAAAAGAUAAAGGAAAAGGAAAGGGUAAAGGAAAAGGAAAAGGAAAGAACGAUAGUGAUAGUAGUGAAAGUGAAAGCAGUAGCAGUAGCAGUAGCAGUGGCAGCAGCAGUAGUGAAGAUGAAAGUGAAUCAGAUAAAGAAGAAGAAGAGGAAGCCGAUAAGAUGGAUGUUGAAAUGUCGGAUAUCGAUAUUCAAUACUCUAAAUUCUUGUUGAAGGGAGGUAAAGUAACUCAUUUCGAAUCGAUUCGUCGUGAGAUUCUUCGUGAUUUCCUGGCGACUGGAUCCAACAGUGCAAUGUGCUGCGCCAAUUGCGAUGCCUACUCACCAGCCAUUCGUAACGGUGAGGCUGCUCGUUCCAAAGUCUUUAUCAUGCCACUCAAUGAGAAGUGCCGUAAGCACAAUGCAUCGCUCCUCAAGAAGGCCAAGACCAACUUCUCUUCGGUCGACCAACAAUCGCAAUUCGGAACAUGGUUCUCGCCAUGGGAGUUCCAAUCGAACAUCGCCGAACUCUUCAAGCGUGAAUGCGACAUCCUCAACCUGUUGUUUGGUUCGGUUCGUCCAGUCUUCAAGAGCAAGAAGUCCGGUGUCGAAUUUGUUAAGGAAGCAUCGAUUGAAUCGUUCUUCUUGACUGCGUUGCCUGUCAUUCCAAACAAGUAUCGUCCUUGCAAUGUCGUCGGUGGUAAAUCCACUGAGCACGGUGCCAACGUUCACUACAAAGGAAUACUUCGCGCCAACAAGUUGAUUCGUAAGCAAAUUGAAUCGUCCGAGUCUGACACUGCCAAGAAUAUGGUUACCAAUGUUUGCGAGCUCCAAUUCCAUAUCAAUAAUAUCUAUGACAAUUCGCGUGCUGUCACAGUCGGUGCCACUGCGCCAGCCGGUAUGAAGCAGGUACUCGAGAAGAAAGAAGGUCUCUUCCGUAAGAAUAUGAUGGGUAAGCGUGUCAACUAUGCUGCACGUACCGUUAUCUCACCGGACAUCUCGCUGGAAACCAACGAGAUGGGUGUUCCACAGUUGUUUGCCAAGAAGUUGACAUUCCCACAGCCAGUGACACCCGUCAACUACCAAGAGAUGGCGGCGGCCGUUAUCAACGGUGCCGACGUCUAUCCGGGUGCCAAUUUCAUUGAGGACGAACUCGGUAAUAUAAUUAACCUCGAGAAAGAGACACCGGAGAAGAGAAUCGCACUCUCCAAGACACUGUUGACCGUGCGUCCACAAGCACCACACGGUGCCAUCAAGAAGGUAUACCGUCAUUUGGUGAGCGGAGACUAUGUCCUGGCGAAUCGUCAGCCAACUCUUCACAAACCAGGUAUCUCUGGUCAUCGUGUUAAGGUACUCGGUAAGAACGAGAAGACACUUCGUAUGCACUAUUGCAAUUGCUCCACAUAUAACGCCGAUUUCGAUGGUGACGAAAUGAAUAUACAUUUUCCACAGUCAUUGCUUGCCGCAGCGGAAGUCCGUGAGAUUGCAGCCAACAACUUCCAAUAUCUCGGACCUCGUGCAGGUGUUCCAUUGCGUGGUUUGAUUCAAGAUCAUAUUCUCACCGGUGUUUUACUCACCAAACGUGAUACUCUCUUUACCAAAGGUGAAUUCCAGAAGGUACUGUACGCCAGUUGUUGGUCAGUCAAUACAAAGCAUCCAAUACGUACACCUCCACCAUGCAUUUUGAAGCCACAACCACUUUGGUCAGGAAAGCAAUUGAUCUCAGCCGCUCUUGAUCACCUCACAAUUGGCUAUGCACCACUCAACUUUACCGGUUCGUCAAAGAUCUCAACAAAGUUGUGGGGUAAGCACGGUCCAGAGUUGAUGCGUGACUCUCAUGUGAUUAUCCGAGAGAAUGAAAUGUUGGUAGGUAUUCUCGAUAAGAAUCAUUUCGGUGCCACUGGAAAUGGUUUGGUUCAUACUUGCUACGAGUUGUAUCACCCGGAUAUCGCAGGUCAACUUCUCACACUUCUCGGUAGAAUGUUCACCAAUUACCUGUCGACACGUGGUUUCACCUGUGGUCUCGAUGAUCUGUUGAUCAACAACAAAGAGAAUGCUUUCCGUUCCGAGUGUUUGGACCGUGCCAACAAGGAAGGUUUGCAAGUCGCUGCCAAGUUUGCUGACCAGCCAAGCUACGAGCGUGUCGCCGUCUCCAAGUAUAUGGCGGACGCUCUCCGUGAGGAGCGUGAGGUCGCUCGUCUCGACGGUAUGCUCAAGAAAGCACUAAACUCACACACCUCAAAGAUUAUCGAUACACUCUUGCCAGGCGGUCAACUCAAAGCAUUCCCAGACAAUAACUUCUCGCUGAUGACCAACUCUGGUGCCAAAGGAUCGGUUGUCAAUUUCUCACAGGUCUCGUGUCUGCUUGGACAACAGGAGUUGGAAGGUAAGCGUGUACCACGUAUGGUGUCCGGUAAGACACUUCCCUCGUACGAGCCAUACGAUGCAUCGGCAAGAGCCGGUGGUUUCAUUAUGGAUCGUUUCUUGACGGGUGUUCGUCCUCAGGAUUACUAUUUCCAUUGUAUGGCUGGUCGUGAAGGUUUGAUCGAUACCGCCGUAAAGACUGCUCGUUCCGGUUACUUGCAGCGUUGUAUCAUUAAGCAUCUCGAAGGUCUUACCGUGCAAUAUGACAACACUGUUCGUGACUCUGACGGAUCGGUAAUACAAUUCAACUAUGGUGAGGAUUCAUUGGAGAUCACCAAGCGUCAGUAUCUCCUCAAUUUCGACAUGAUCGCUCAGAAUUUCACUCUAUUCAAAUCACAUUUUGUCGAGGAUCUCAAGGAUAUUGAGCAACGUUGGAAUAGCAAGGCUGUCAAGGAGAUUCUUGAUUAUCAUGAGAAGAUUGCUUCUUUGCCAGCCGACAAACGUCCAGAUCCAGUGCUUUCAAAGUUCAACGUAACCGAUAUCGGUGUCACAUCAGAGUCAUUCAUGGACGAGUUGAAUAAAUAUAUUGCAGCCAACAACUUGGGAUUGAUAAAGACUGCCAAGAAUAAGAGUGGUAAGAUUCCAGAGCGUGAAUUCCGUCAGUUGAUGAUGUUGAAUUACAAUCGUUGUACUGUUGCACCCGGUGAAUCGGUUGGUUUGUUGUGCGCACAAUCCAUUGGUGAACCAUCGACACAGAUGACUUUGAACACAUUCCAUUUGGCAGGUCGUGGUGAAGCGAACGUAACUCUUGGUAUCCCACGUCUCAGAGAGAUUAUCCAGACUGCUUCAAGAGUUCCAUCGACACCGUUGAUGGAUAUUGUACUUACCGAUCCAACCAAUAAGGAAGCAACUGAAUUGAUGGCAAAGAAGAUUGAAUGGUUGAAGAUGUCAGAUGUUCUCGAUUGUGUAACUGUACACGAACAGUUGCGUGGUGUCGAUCGUUGCUACGAUAUCGUUUUGAACUUUAUUCCAGGUCUGAAGAAACUGUUGGAGAUCAAGGAGAUCACCGAGAAACAACUGCCAGAUAUCUUCCAAUUGUUUAUAAAGAAAGUUCAAACCAAUGUUAAACGUGCCAACUCUCAGAGAAAUAUCGAUAUUGGUCAAGGUCAAAAGAUGAAAUCAGAUUACUCUGGUGAGGAGUUUGAAGACGCCGAUGGAGAUGAUGAUAAACAAUCUGGUGCUGCUGCUGCCGAUGGUGAUGAUGACAAUCAAUCGAAUUCAACAACAGAUAACAACAAAGGAAAGAGACAAACACGUGAUAAUGAUAAUGAUUCUUCUUCCGCCAAAGAAAAGGAUAGAAAGAAGCAAAUGGCAAGUUACGAUGAAGCUGAUGAAGAUAAGGAUGAAGAUGAAGACGAAGAUGACGAUAAAUCAAGUGGUGAAGAAUCAGCAGACAACAAUGACAAUGAAGAUACAAAUGAAGACGAUGAUAAUGAAAAGACAUCAACUACCACUCGUGUAGAAUCAAAGGAUAAGACAUUCAAUUAUACAAGCUAUUCAUUCACUGUAUCGGUUCCAUCAAACAGCAAGAAGAUGUUGAUUUUGAACAUUGUCGAACAGGUUGCACUCAAUUUCAUUAUCAAAUCAUUCAAGGGUAUCUCGAGAUGUUUCAUCAAUGAAAAGACUCAAGGUGGAAAGACCGAAUACUCUAUUCAAACUGAAGGUGUCAAUUUCGAGGAACUCGCAUUGAUUCAAGACAAGAUCCAGAUCAACAAGAUCUACACCAACAAUAUCUAUCACGUUCUCAAUACCUAUGGUGUCGAAGCUUGCAAGAGUGCGAUCGUCAGUGAAAUCACCAGUGUUUUCGGUGCUUACGGUAUCACAGUUGACAAGCGUCAUUUGACACUGCUCGCCGACUACAUGACAUUCGAAGGUGGAUACCGUGCACUCAAUCGUAUCGGUCUCGAUAACAAUCCAUCACCACUUCAAAAGAUGUCGUUCGAGACUACAUGUUCAUUUUUACAGAAAGCUGCACUCCUUGGUGACAGUGAUAUUUGUGAGUCACCAUCCUCUAGAAUCGUUUUGGGUCAAGUUGUAAGAGGUGGAACUGGUUCAUUCAACAUUGUAACUCCACUAAAUUAA